UACACGGAAGUACACUGAUCAUUGGUCGUGAAUUGCAUCGAUGUUUUGUGGUCUUGACUAACAAUUUCAUUAUUAUCAAUCUGAAAGAUCAGAAAGCUGAAGAAGUAUACUCACGUCGAAACAAGMCACACGGUCAACUUCUUCGUAAUGUGAUGGAAAAAUCCUAAUUUUUUGGAGAGCUCUUCAAAUAUAUUCGACAAACAAAAAUAUUUCAAGAUCUUUUGGAAAUCAAUAAAAAGGGGUCCGGACACGUUUUCKUCUUAAAAGGAUUUCCACAAUUCGMAGAGAAGGAGCGAUUCCUAAGUUAAGCAGUCGAACMCACAUAUUUUUCUGUUCAUGAUGCAGAAUAUCUCAUUGACAAGCAACACAAGUUUUACAAACGAUAAAGGAUUCCGGUUCUACAACGAAAGGUAUAUUCUUUUACUUCGCGAAAGAAAUCCUGGGCAAAUUGUUGCAGAAUCUGGUCUUCUCCUGAUAAUCGACUUCUUUUCUGUUUUUGGGAAUAUGGCUCUCUGCUGGAUCAUGUACAAAAGCUCAUCUCUUCGAACUCUCACCAAUGUGUUCAUCCUCGUGCUGGCCGCUUCGGAUAUUCUUAUGGGCUUGCUUUGCGUACCAUUCUCCGUUGCAGUCCUCAUAASAGGAAAAUGGAUAUUUGGUGUCCACAUAUGUAGAAUGCAAUGCUUUCUUAUAUACGCUCUCGGCUUCGGCUCGCUGCAGACUAUGACUUUGGUCGCUGUUAACCGUUAUUAUAGAAUUGUUAAACCAAAUCAGUAUAGAAAUAUAUUUACUUUAAGAUCGACCUUGGGAACAAUAAYCCUCGUUUGGGCAUUCACUGUGUCAUUUCUGGCUAUACCUUUCUUGACGAAGARCGUUCUUUCGCAGUUYAGUGCCGGAAAAAGUGCUUGUGURAUGUUCCGAAACCCCGAUUCGAGCGAGGGAUCUAUUAUCGCUGUGAAYAUGACUAUUGUAACCCUAUCRGCAAUUAUCCCCACAGUCAUCAUUGUAUUCUGUUACUGUCGAAUCUUCACUUUGGUUGGGGCUCAUUUUACACGCGUGCGACCAACAUUAGCGACAAGAAGUACAUCUUCACAGUUAAAAUCAAAUCUACUCGAGAUCAAAUCAACACGCACACUCUUCUUGGUGUUGGUAGCGUUCGCCGUUUGCUGGCUGCCUGUGUUUAUCAUUGAAAUAAUCCAAACGUACUUUAUUCCUUGGUGGAAUCUCUCUCGGUCUGCCCAUCUACUUUGGACAUUCUGUGGGUGUUUGCGAAGUGCCGUGAACCCCUUCAUUUUCGCAUCCACCAGUCGAUCGUUCAGAAAACGGUUUUGGAUAGUGCUAAAAUUCGGGAAUAGUGAUAGCACUGACAUUCUUUCUAAUACGAUGCACAAACGGAAAUCACAGACUAUUAGAGUGAGUGAAGUAAGGGCCGAAGGACUUCCUAUUCAAUAUUAGUAUUCGGGAUGUAUUGGGCUGCAUGUUUGUAUUUCCAUAAAUAACAGUUUGAAAAAUGAUAACAGUCUUGGAUAAUAACAAGCUUUGUAGGGGAAAUUAAAUUAAAAACACCAGAUUGAAUAUUGGUUUCUCWAAAUGUAUAUUCAAUGAUUUUUCAAUAUUCACGCAUGAGUUUCAGGCCUUCUGAGAUUCUUAUACUCGGGUUAUUGCAAAUGCUGAAAUGGGAGUUCAUUAUCUUUAAUAUCUAUAGAACCUUAUAAUCUUAAGCUAUUUUUAAUCACUAUGAAUUUUGACGCGAUCUAUAUUAAAUACUGUCUGAUGAGUGCGUAGCACGAAACUCGGAGUUACAGCAAAAUCUUGCCUCUUUGAUAUUAUAUAUUUAAUUUCAAAGCAUAAUAAGAAAAAAAAACACUCUUUUUUAAUGACUAUUUUUAAAAACUAUAAAACAAAAAAUUGACAUAUUUUCUUAAAGGGGAACUAUUAAAAAUGUUCAUCUUAAAAAAUACAAAAACACUAGAUAUCUUACUAGAUAUCUUACGUCUUGUUUUAUAAACGCACUCGGUUCCUAGUACAGCACUUACCMGCUUAUAAGAACCCAUUUUUUCAAWUUUUUUAGCCUGAAUAGGYUCUUAUGUAARUGGUGCUUAGUGGAAYCUUAGGCAACGCAGGUUGUGAAAUAAGUUCAUAAUUAAUGAGAAAUAUAUUGUACACAUGUGAAUAGGUGCCAUGUACUUAUAUAUUAACAAUGCCAAAACAGGUCUGGCCUUUAGUAUGUGACAAGGACCCAUUUUAGUAGACUCAAACAUCAUUUCUACUAACUUGGAUACAUGUAUACAAGUUCACUACGUUUGAGUCAUGUUUAUUUUAGGUUGAAUUUUUAGGUUUAACUUUCUAUAAGAACCUGUUUCAAAUUUUAGGAUAAAAAGGUCCUUAUGUAAAUAGGGUUUAAAUUAAUACUUUUAGGCUAACAGAGGUUCUUAAAUUACAGGUUCUUUGAAGCGGGUAAGUACAUGUACAAUGCAUGUUAUCGUCGUAUGUUUUUAAGUCAAAUUAAUUUGUAUGYGUUGAUCCUAUAAAAUUCACCGAAACUUCUGACAUAUCAGCUUUAUUUGAAGUGGAUUUGAAUAAUGAACACAUUGUUCAGCAGUAUUAACAGAUGAAACGCGAAAAAUGAC